GGGGCUGGCCGGCUGCCGUCUAGGGGCCCCGUGCCGGGGCGUCCCCAGCGUCCCCGGCCCGAGUCCCUGAGCGCCGGGCCGUGUCCACCCCGUCGGUCCUGGCUCGUGUUUCGUCCCCGUGGCCGUAAGGGCCCGCCCCCCGACUCCCCUUUACGCUCCCGGGGCAGGGUCCUCACGGCCCAUGCUGGCCGCUGGGGGCCCGCGCCGCCCAGACAGUUCCUCGGCCGGCCAGCCGGCCACCAUGGUGGCCCUGAGGCCUGUGCGGCUCCUCCAGGGGGGCUAACCGGUCCAGAGCGCAGGUCUCGGGGCGCGAGGGUCCCGGGCCUGAGCCCCGCGCCAUGGCUGGGGCCAUCGCUUCCCGUAUGAGCUUCAGCUCUCUCAAGAGGAAGCAGCCCAAGACGUUCACCGUGCGGAUCGUCACCAUGGACGCCGAGAUGGAGUUCAAUUGCGAGAUGAAGUGGAAAGGGAAGGACCUCUUUGAUUUGGUGUGCCGGACCCUGGGGCUUCGGGAAACUUGGUUCUUUGGACUGCAGUACACAAUCAAGGACACCGUGGCCUGGCUCAAAAUGGACAAGAAGGUGCUGGAUCAUGAUGUUUCAAAGGAAGAGCCAGUCACCUUUCACUUCCUGGCCAAAUUUUAUCCCGAGAAUGCCGAGGAGGAGCUGGUUCAGGAGAUCACGCAACAUUUAUUCUUCUUGCAGGUAAAGAAGCAGAUUUUAGAUGAAAAGAUCUACUGCCCUCCCGAGGCUUCUGUGCUCCUGGCUUCUUACGCUGUCCAGGCCAAGUAUGGUGACUAUGACCCCUCUGUUCACAAGCGGGGAUUUUUGGCCCAAGAAGAAUUGCUUCCAAAAAGGGUAAUAAAUCUGUAUCAAAUGACUCCAGAAAUGUGGGAGGAAAGAAUUACAGCCUGGUACGCGGAGCACCGAGGCCGAGCCAGGGAUGAAGCUGAAAUGGAAUAUUUGAAGAUAGCUCAGGACCUGGAGAUGUACGGUGUGAACUACUUUGCAAUCCGGAAUAAAAAGGGCACAGAGUUGCUGCUUGGAGUGGAUGCUCUGGGGCUUCACAUCUAUGACCCUGAGAACAGGCUGACCCCCAAGAUCUCCUUCCCGUGGAAUGAAAUCAGAAACAUCUCGUACAGCGACAAGGAGUUUACUAUUAAACCACUGGAUAAGAAAAUCGAUGUCUUUAAAUUUAACUCCUCAAAGCUUCGUGUUAAUAAGCUGAUUCUCCAGCUCUGUAUUGGGAACCAUGACCUUUUUAUGAGGAGAAGGAAGGCUGAUUCUUUGGAAGUUCAGCAGAUGAAAGCCCAGGCCAGGGAGGAGAAGGCUAGAAAACAGAUGGAGCGGCAGCGCCUUGCUCGAGAGAAGCAGAUGAGGGAGGAGGCUGAGCGCACAAGGGAUGAGUUGGAGAGGAGGCUGCUGCAGAUGAAAGAAGAAGCAACAAUGGCCAACGAAGCACUGAUGCGGUCCGAGGAAACGGCUGACCUGUUGGCGGAAAAGGCCCAAAUCACUGAGGAGGAGGCAAAACUCCUGGCACAGAAGGCCGCGGAGGCCGAACAGGAAAUGCAGCGCAUCAAGGCCACAGCCAUUCGGACGGAGGAAGAGAAGCGCCUGAUGGAGCAGAAGGUGCUGGAGGCUGAGGUGCUGGCGCUGAAGAUGGCUGAGGAAUCGGAGAGGAGGGCCAAGGAGGCAGAUCAGCUGAAGCAGGACCUGCAGGAAGCCCGCGAGGCAGAGCGAAGAGCCAAGCAAAAGCUCCUGGAAAUCACCACCAAGCCCACAUACCCGCCCAUGAACCCAAUUCCAGCGCCAUUGCCUCCUGACAUGCCAAGCUUCAACCUCAUUGGUGACAGCCUGUCUUUCGACUUCAAGGAUACUGACAUGAAGCGGCUUUCCAUGGAGAUAGAGAAAGAAAAAGUGGAAUACAUGGAGAAGAGCAAGCAUUUACAGGAGCAGCUCAAUGAACUCAAGACUGAGAUUGAGGCCUUGAAACUCAAAGAGAGGGAGACAGCCUUGGACAUUCUGCACAACGAGAACUCUGACCGGGGUGGCACCAGCAGCAAGCACAACACCAUCAAAAAGCUCACCUUGCAGAGCGCCAAGUCCCGAGUGGCCUUCUUUGAAGAGCUCUAGCAGGUGCCCAGCCAGCCCAGGAUCUGUCACACCUGCUGCUCCCGGCACCAGAGGGAUGGGUCAGACACCGUGGGAGUCAUCAUAGGUGGGCUGGCUGGGGGCUUCCAUGGGAGCUCUGGAACUUUUCCCAGCUGAGUGGAGAGCCCAGCCCCCUUCAUGUGCAAUUGCCUUGAACUGUGACCUGCAGAGAGCUCUCUCGUGGGGUUCUAGUUCAUUUUAAACAUUUUAAA